AUGGAAAAUCGUUUAAUGCUGAUACUGCUGUUCCUGGCGGCAUCUGCCAGUGCUUCGCAUGACCCGAGCGUCGCGUCCGUGUGCCGGCUUUCGGCCGUCUGGAGACUGCUACCCGAUGAGCACCACUGCGGGAAGUUCUAUGUCUGCACUGGCGAUGUAGAAGACCCCUACCAGGAGUUCAGCUGCCCCCCCUCCUAUCGCUUCCACAGCGAGCAGGGGAUCUGUGUGCCCGGCGCCUGCAGCGACGUGGCCAGCACCUGUAACUCCACCACCAGUGCGGAGCGCAUACAGAGCGACUGCACCCGCUAUCGCCGCUGCACCCCAGGCGGAGCCUACUCAGUGGCGCGUUGCGUUAGUGGCAGUUACUUCGACAGCGGACGGCGCGCCUGUCUGCCAGUGGCCCUGACGGCAGCCCACCAGUGCAGCUGUCUGCUCCCGGACCACGCCACGGUGGAGAAUCCCAGCGACUGCGAGACCUACUUCCGCUGCGAGGACGGCAGGGCGGUGCUCGUUCAGUGCCCAGCGGGUCAAUACUUUGAGAGCAGCGUGGGCAGCUGUCUGCUCGACACGACUGGCAUCUGUUUCGAGAAACCCACGCUGCCGCCGGCUCUGACGGACCACGCGCUCGCCCUGGACGAGUGCAUCAGCACAGGCAGUCGUCUGGCGCCCCACAGCCGGGACUGCGGCCGCUACUAUGUCUGUGCGGACAGGCGAGUCCUCGAGAUGAGGUGUCCCAGGGGCCAGUACUUUGAUGCGGUACACCAUUACUGCACUCUGGACGUCUCCAGAGAGUGCCAGAGUCACGAGAGUGAGAAGAAACCUGAAGAGGAGACAGAGGCGGCGGCAAUAGCAAAGAAACCACCGCCACCACCGGAACGGGAAGUAUUCGGUAGCUACGAUAAGUUCUCGUCAAAGUUCGUUUCAUUUUGA